AUGUCACCCAGACGCCAACAGGAACGAUCGAAGGCUUCCAACCGUCAAGCGUUGGACGCAGCCCUUGAGCUGUUUUCGAGCCAUGGAUUCGGGGCGACCACCAUGCGGCAGAUCGCCGAUCGGUCCGGGUUGUCGAUGGGCAAUCUCUACCACCACUUCCCCAACAAGGAAUCGAUGUUCAAGCGAUUGUUGCAGGAGUAUUGGGAUCGCCUCCUGGAUCCCGACCAUCCCCUGCAGCGGCACUUCGCCCGCGCCGGCUUCCCCGAGGACCUCGAGGACAUGGUCGACGAGAUCGAGAAAGCGGUGGAGGACAACUCUGCCUACAUCCUCUUGAUCUACGUCGAUGUCGUCGAAUUCCGAGGCGAGCACAUCCGUGCCUUUUACGAGGGCAUGGCGUCGCGAUUCCAAGAUCUCUACGGCGCCAAGCUAGCGGAGCGUCAAGCGACCGGUGAGCUCGGGGACAACGUGGAUCCAUUGGUGGGUGUGAUCUUCGCCACCCGCUGGUUUUUUUAUUACUUCACCGUCGAAAAGUGCUUCGGAGCUCCCAUGCAUUUCGGCAUGGACUCCCGCCAAGCCACCACGGAAUUUAUCCGUCUGCUGCGCUACGGGCUGCUGCCUAGAAACAGCCCGAGCCCGCAGCCUACCGGCCUUAAGACCGACCUCAAACUUACACCCCAGACCCAGGCUGACGGCACCUAG